AUGAUAAAUUACUACAGUCUUAGAUCUGAUCUCGAUCAACAAAGCGAAGCGGAAACGCAUAACACAAAAAUAUCAGAUUCCGGAUAUUCGACCGGAUGUUCAAACAGUCAAUCUCAAAGAAGCGGAAGUUCAAAAUCGAUACAUAGUAAUUCAGGUUCGAGUAAUAGUAGCGGUUAUGGGGGACUCCCCGUUGCAUCCGAUGAAUUUCCACAACCCCAUUCGUCAAAAUUUAAAAACAAAGAUCACAAAAAGAAAAAAAAUAAGACGCAAGAAACGAUAAACGGUAACGAAUGUAAAAAAAUGGAAGAUUCCAAUGAGAAAACGACAAAGGAUAUAAAUUCCGAUUUGACUGGAAGAUCACCGUCCAUUAACAAUCCCGUAUCAUCGACAAUAAAUAACACAAACAACAACAACAGCACAAACAACGCAAACAGCAACAGCAACAACAACAGCAAUUCCAUGACGGGAAUUGUCGUCAAUGCAAAUUUAAAAACGGGAAAAAAUACCAACAACAUGAGUGAUGGUGAGUUAGAAAAUAAUUUGAAAUCAUCCAUCGAUUUAGAGGAAACAAUAGAAACACCCGAAUCAUUAUUCGAUAGAUUAAAAAGAGAACCUUCGACAAUCGUUAACGGACAAUUUUGUUUGGCUGUAUCAAUGCAAGAUGGAAAAGUACUAUAUACAACUCCAACACUUACCGAUGUUUUAGGUUUUCCAUGCGAUAUGUGGAUAGGUCGAUCAUUUAUUGAUUUCGUUCAUCAAAAAGAUAGAAUCGCAUUCGUUAAUCACAUAACAGUUGGAGUCGCCGGUCCGAUGGUAUCCAACGCCAUUCCUCAACCUUUUGGUAAAACCUGCAAAAUGUCAAACAAUACAUUUUUCUGUUGCCUUCGUAAAUAUCGCGGAUUGAAAACUUCCGGUUUUGGUGUCAAAGAUAAAGCCGUCGAAUAUGUACCGUUUAAAUUAUCUCUUUCGUUUAAAGAAGUCAGAGGUGAAAUUUCCGACACUCUUCUUUUCAUCACAGCAACACCCGUUAAAACGGCAUACAAUCGACCAGAUGAAGUGAGAGAUGCUCCAAAAUUCGUUACAAGACAUUUAGCCAACACGUUAUUAAUUCAUGUCGACGUGGAAGCUGUUUCGUAUUUAGGCUACCUACCUCAAGACAUGAUAGGACGAUCCGUAUUUGAUUUUUAUCAUCCGGAAGAUUUGCCAUUAUUAAAAGAAAUUUAUGAAUCUGUUUUAGAAGUGCAAGGAUCGACGUAUAAAAGUAAACCAUAUCGUUUUCGAACUCAAAAUGGAGGUUUUGUUUUAUUAGAAACGGAAUGGUCAAGUUUUAUAAAUCCCUGGUCGAACAAAUUAGAAUUUGCCAUUGGACAACAUAGAUUAUUAAAAGGACCACCUAAUCCGAAUGUUUUUUCUACGCCCGACGAUCAUUCGCAAAUUUCUGAAGAAGUUAUGAAAAAAACCAAAACGAUUCAAGAUGAAAUCAAAAGAAUAUUAAGCGAACCGAUUUCUAGAAGUUCAGAAUCGGCAAAACAACAAGUUUCGAAAAGGUGUAAAGAUUUGGCAACGUUCAUGGAGUCGUUAAUGGACAAAAUAACAAAAUCGGAUCAAGGAAAAUUUGGUGAAAUUAAAUUAGAAGAUGCUAGUUUUUCGGAAAGAGAUUCGGUCAUGUUGGGUGAAAUAUCACCUCAUCACGACUAUUGCGAUUCGAAAUCAUCCUCGGAAACGCCACCAAGUUACAAUCAGCUCAAUUACAAUGAAAAUUUACAACGUUUUUUCAAUAGUAGACCAAGAACGAUGUCGGCAAGCGAAGAAAAUUUCGAUAUAAAAAAUACAUCACUUUUAGAAGAAGAAGGGAAAACAUCACCGGAAGUGGUCAACAACAAUGGCAAAUGCAGAUCUCCGAUUAACAGAAGUGGUACUUGUUCCGGAAGUGGUUCAGGACUGAGUAGUGCAUCCAAUUGUAUUAAUGGUACCAACAGCACCGAAACGAGUACUUCGAAGCAACAAGAUUACGAGCCAGUCACAGUAUUAACAGAAGCGGUAUUAUGCAGGCAUAACGAAGAUAUGGAAAAAGUUUUGAUAAAACGACAUAGAGACUUGAGAGUAAAAGAUGGUAAAAUAAACGAAAUACGUUUGAAAACGGUUAUUGAAAAACUACAGGAUCACUGCCAUGGAAUUAAACGAAGCGGUUCUUUAUCGUGGGAAGGGAAUAAAGUUUCCAAACACAGGCACACGGAAACAAAUGCUCAAAAUUCUUCAAAGAAUAAUAUAAACCCGGGGAAUACGAUAAAAAGACCAGAAGUUUCGAUUAAAACAAACGUGGACGAUGGAAACAGUCAUCAAGUAUUUAAACAAAAUCCAAAUAAUGUUAAUUUGUGGCCACCAUUUUCGGCUACAACAUUUAAUCAACCUCUUCCUUCUCACGCAACUUAUACGACAAGUAGCAGAGGAAUGCCCGUUGCUGGAAUGAUUCCAGUUUAUUAUAUAGCCACAAAUGGAAAUCCUUCAAUAAAUGUUUCACAAAAUAGUGUUAAUAUCAAUGGAAAUGAAAUAACCCAAAAUGAACAUUCAAGCCCUUCCAGUCCUCUCCUAAUGGGAGUACAAUUUAUGAAUGCGUUUCCAGUUUAUCCAACAAUGGGAUUUGGUACACCUUCGCUCAUGUAUUCUCCUCUUAUGAUGGCACCACAAAUACCACCUAGACAUCAAACCCAAGCUCAGAGUAGUAAAAAUACCAACGAAAAUGAAAAAGAAUCUGUCAAGUUUCAAAGACCUGCAUCUCAAGCAACUAGUGUUAAAGCAGAGCCAGGAUCAGCCAUGGGAAGCAUGAAAGAAGAGAAAUCCAUUGGUUCACCAGAUGUGGAUGAUUCCAUGUGUUUUUCACAAAAUAAAGAAAAUUCAAAGGAUGUUUCUGAUCUACCCAGAGACACAGGAACCGGAACUGGAGAUGAAAGUAGUUAUUCAUCAUAUUCAUCAUUUUUAAAAACUGAUGAUAGUAUGAGAAGUUCCGAAGAAACGGAAACAGGAUUAUUAAGAAAAGAUGGUGGUGAUUGGGAUGAUAUAAAAAAAGAUAAUAUUAUUUCCAGGCCAGUUAGAAAGGAACCACCAUGGCUUGAAAAAAUAAAUCUCACACCAGAUUUAGUAUUUAGGUAUCAACUUAACAAUAGGGAAGUGACAAAUGUUUUAAAAUCAGAUUUGGAAGUACUUAAAACAACAGAUCAACCUAAAUUAGUUGAUGAACAACUUCAACAAUUAUAUGUAGAUUUAGAAUUGGAAGGUUUAUCAGCAAAAUUAAAAUUUGAAGAAUGUUUGACAACAAGCAGUUGUAGUAGUGGAGAAGAAUUGCAAGGAGCUUGCCUACAAAAAGUAUGUCCAAAAUGA